UUAAUGUAUUACAGCAACUCCGUGAUGUUACUGCGUAUCACCGCGGUUGUGUCUGUGUAUCUGAGCGCACUAUUGGACCUACGAGCAUGUCUGUGGCGGUAUAUUUCAUGACACGGUAAGUUAACGUGGUGUUAAUGUAUUACAGCAACUCCGUGAUGUUACUGCGUAUCACCGCGGUUGUGUCUGUGUAUCUGAGCGCACUAUUGGACCUACGAGCAUGUCUGUGGCGGUAUAUUUCAUGACACGGUGGCAUCAGUUCGCUGUACAAAUGAGAUAAAAACAUCACUUGUUGUCAUGGCAAUAUUAGCUGGUGUGCAUCCUUGUCUGGGGACGACAGCGCCUCUCCACCUGACCAGCUACCCUGAGUCUGCCACAGAUGGAGCAGACUUCACACUGUCCUGUACACCAGCACAGGGCGGGGAAUUGAUAGGUGUCAGGUGGAACAGAAACAAUGUUUACAUAUUUGAUACAAGCAGUGAUGCCGACGCAUCUGCUGCCAUACUCCACCCCCUCACCACCUCCCCCGAGUACCAGUCUGUAUCAGGACGUAUCAGUGUCAGCUCCUCCCUCCAGCAGCACAACGUGACUCUCAGGACCGACUCUACACUCGACCAGGGCUCCGUGUGGAGAUGUCGGACUGGGCCACAGUUAAGCAAUAACCUCACUAUUGAAGUCAAAGUGUCUAUUCAAGGUACAAGCAGAGCCGAAGGUCCAUCCUCGACUCAUGACAACGAUGUGUUGACAACGAACCCAGCAGUGUCCACAAAAAGCCCAUCCUCGACUGAUGGCAAAGAUAUGAUGACAACAAACCAAACAGUGUCUACACAAACUCCUUUUAUUCAUACAGUUGGAUUCGUCUAUGUUGUUGCUGGAUCCGCGGGUGGUGUGGUGAUUGUGGUUGUCAUCGUCAUCGUUGUGUUAUUGUGCAUACGAUCCAGAAGGGAGGGUAAAUGCCAGACAGAUGACAAGGCAGACAAAGACAACUGCAAAGAAGACGGAUAUAACGAGGAAUCUGAGAGAGAGACGAUCGUGAUGGAGGAUAAUGAUCUGUAUCACGGAUUUGUCAGAACUGAGAACCAGGAGUCAGCAGAGGAACAGCAGGUGGCAGAUGUGUAUGCAAAGGUGAACAAGGUAAGGAAAACCCACAAUGCAACAGAAGUACAGAUCACUCUGAGUAUUGAAGACCUGUAUGCAAAACCCAGCAAACCAGCAAGCGGAAACAGCGAAGCAGCAUCCAAGGUUUCAUCCAACCAGAAUGCGGAUGUCAACACCCCCGACUGAUCGAGACUGAGGCCGGAUCAACAGUAGACGUCGUUGACGACUUCCACUGAUGCAUGCAUGGAGUUCUUCAUGUUUUAUGAUGCAGCGUCAUUACAGCUUUAACGCCUACGAGGAAUAUACAGAUAAUCACACAGUUUGAUCAGAUAUAUUUUGUGUUUGUUUGUUUAUAACACCGUACCACGCAAUAUGUGAGCUAUAUAAGCCUGUAAGUAAUUGAAUCUGGACCAGAUACUCCAGUGAUUGAUAUUAUGAGCAACUUUCCACCUCUUUGUGGUACUGUGACACGCUAGCGACUCAGUCAGAACUCCUGACCACCCAUUUGAUUUAUUGGGCUCUAACGACAAGCAUAUGCUGUUGGUGACCUAUUGUAACCGGGAAUCCUCACGGGAACGUCUGUUUGAUGAUAGAAAGUACAACAGGAACAGCAGGACAUGGUUAUAAUAAACACUGAUGCAGUAUACCAACGUUUAUACGGAACUGUUUCAAUAUCCCACUGCUUUACUAUGUACUAUCAUAUAUACUUAAGUAAAGCCAAUUAACCACUUUUGCAUAUCACUCAAGGUAGUGGCACGUGCAUAACAAUCUGGUCAGACUCACAAUAAGUGGAGAAAAAAAAAUGCCAUACAUUGUCACAAUGUUUUUCUUACAAAGAAGAGAUAAUUUAUGGACAACAACAGAUUGGUCCCCAUAACCGGAGAAUAAAAAACUACCGUACAUUGUCACAAUGAUUUUCUUAGAUUGUCAAAGUUUUUUUCUAUUAACGAUAACACCAAAAGAAUAUAAUAUUAGCAAGGCUUGACAACGAUAUAAGGAUCUAUACCGAAACGUCUCCCUUACAGUAAUAGAGAAGUUGUUGUCCAUAAAUUAUCUCUACUUUGUCAUCCGUCAACUGCUGCCAAUCAAACAACUCAUGUUUUUUCUUAGAUGGUCAAAGUAUCUCUGUUACUUUUUACGAGAAUACCAAAAGAAUAUCAUAUGAGCAUAGAAUAUGUCAACAAUUCCACGAAUGAUUAUUCGCUGCUAUAAAAAAUACACAAUAUAUAUACCUUGAUAGGAAUAGUAGGGAAUCAUGAAAACUGGCCGAAAAAGUUUAGCGAGUUAACGAAAUACGGAUAAAAUGAACAAGUUUCCCAAAUUCCUUGAAGUUCGUUGCAAGCAUAUGUUAUAACCUGGUGUUCAGCUUGUUGAAAUGCUUGCUUUAGGUGUAUUAUCUGUUGAUGUUAUAACCUUAUACAUUGUGUUACUCUAUUGUAUUUGCUGAUAUAUGUACCUGCUAAUUGAACUUCCUGUUUGCGGACAAGGUUUAGCGAGUAACGAAAUACGGAUAAAACGUCCCUGGCCGUUCGUUGCAAGAAUGUGUUACUGCAGAAUUAGGAUACCUGCAGAGAUAUACCUGCUUGCUGAACUACUUGCGUUGGUUGUAUAAUGUGAUGAUGUUAUUACCAUAUACAUGGAGUCACUGUUGCAUUUGCUAAUAUAUGUACCUGCUUAUUGAACUUACUGUUGCGGACAAGGUUUAGCGAGUAACAAAAUGCGGACAAAAGGUUCCUAAACUACUUGCGUUAAGCAUAUUACCAAUGGAUGUCAUUAACAUAUACAUGGAGUCUGUGUUUCGCAUGCUAAUAUAUGUACCUACUUUCAAUUGUCAUACGCGCAUUUCAUCAAUUUGAUCCGCUUAACUUGUGGCAGAAAUUACGGAAGAUUAGCAUUUUACAAAUAGCUAUUGUUGUAUCAUAUAUAAUAAGUGCUGUAUAAUUAAUGAUUGAAUGUUCUUGUACAAAAGCUAAUUAUUUCGUGGAUUUAGUUUACCCGUUUACAGAAGCUACAUGUAAUCUGGCCUGCUAUCUGUGUGAGGUAUAUUAUCUAAGACGUUCAGUGCUUGUAAUGUUUAUAUUGUGUUAAGAUUAUUUUAAUGACAUGUUGGACAAGCACCUACAUAUAUUUAUGACAUGAAAAAUGUAAACAAUUUGUACAGGGCUUCUAUUAACUCUGAUAAUGUGCUUCUACUUAUCAGGAUAUCAUCACCCAGAUGUAAAGUGCACAUCACUUGUUUUACUAGUAUCGUCCUUGGUUUUAAGGUUUAAUGUUAAACCCCCGAUCAGUGAUAUACACACACACAAUGGGAAAAUACCACCCGGUUAUUAUAGCUUUGGAGUGACGAGUGUCAAGGUACAACACACACAAUGCUGUUGUCCCAGCUGCUAGUACGAUGAUGAGGAUAAAGGUUUCCACUAACCAGUACAUGAUUAGUGGGGAGAACUACCUGCCUCAUCCCCUUUCGCAGAUAAUACAGAAGUAUCAUGUAAUGUAGACCUCCAAAAUGCAAUAUAUAUUUACGUUUUAUGAUUACUUAUUAAAAUAUAUAACAUCAAA